AAUGUGGGUGACACUGUGAAGGCCUCGAAUGGGGAGUUCCUUCCUGCAGACAUGGUCCUGAUUUCUUCCAGUUUAGCUACUUGGAGAAGCUUCUGUUGGUUCAUGGAACAUGGAAUUAUUUUCGAGUGACUAAAUGCAUAUUGUAUUGUUUCUACAAGAAUGUGGUACUAUACAUUAUUGGGUUUUGGUUCACCUUUGUUAAUGGAUUUUCUGGACAGAUUAUAUUUGAGCGUUGGUGUAUCAGCACAUACAAUGUGAUUUUCACUUCAUUACCAGCUUUCACUCUUGGAAUUUUUGAACAGUGUUGUAGUCAAAAGAGCUUGCUCGAACAUCCACAACUCUACACAAUUUCUCAGAAAGGAGAAAUUUUCAACACAAGGGUAUUUUGGAUGGACUGUAUGAAUGCUUUGGUUCACUCGUUCAUUCUCUUCUGGCUUCCUAUGAAAAUACUGGAGCAUGAUAUUGUUUUGCCACAUGGUCGAACUGCAGACUAUUUGUUUCUUGGAAAUUGUAUUUAUACGUAUGUAGUUGUUACUGUUUGUCUGAAAGCUGGGUUGGAAACUAUGUCAUGGACUAAAUUUACUCACCUGGCAGUUUGGGGAAGCAUAAUAAUCUGGUUGGUGUUCUUCACAAUUUACUCUUACUUCUGGCCCACCAUCCCUGUUGCUCCUGAAAUGGCAGGACAGGCCAGUGUGAUCCUCGUUUCUCCAUGCUUCUGGCUGGGUUUUGUCCUAGUCCCUACCACAUGUCUGAUUAACGAUGUGUUUUGGAAAUUGUUUAGAAAUACCUAUAAAAGAAGUCUUCUAGAGAAAAUUCGCCAGCUGGAAAGUGACAAAGUUAAAGGAUUUGAUUUUUCUGCGGUGUUUGGGAGGAGGAGGUUACAAGAAAAAAGAGAAGAAAAACAGCUUGAAUUUCCCUUAUUACACCUUUUGGAGGGGACGACAGCCACAGAUGUCCAAACAUCCUUAGCUCCCAAGCCCUGUGAAGUUGUCUUCCAGGAGAGUUCUGUGGACCUAAGUGCUCCAUGUGGCUAUGCCUUUUCUCAAGCAGAAGGAUCUGUGAUCACUCAGGAAGAACUAGUCCGUUCUUACAACACUCUUGUAAGUGAAAGGAGGGGUUCAUAGAAGAGGUCAACCUUUAUUAAUCACCAAUGUGUAAGAUGCAGAUCACUGUAUUCUUCCCCAAGACUGGUAAAAUGAGCCAGACUCCCAAUUGCUGGUUCCUGUGGCUUUGACAAGCACAGUCUGUUAUUUAUGUGUUGACUGAUUCAGAAGAAUAAACAAUGGAGAAACCCCA